GCCUGGGUCUGCGGAGGGCCAUGCGGCCGGGAGCUCAGCCCGUCCUCUUCCUUUCCCUCCGCCUCCUCCUCUCCCUGGGCAGCAGCCGGAGCCGCCGGUGGUGCGAAGGACCCUUAAGGGAGCCGCAGAAGCCGCAGCGCGCCCCGCGGAGCAGCAGCAGGAGGAGGAGAAGAUGCUGCUGUCGGCGCUGCUCCACGUUUACUCGCUGCGCUACGUGCUGCCCGCCGCCGUCAUGCUGGGCACCGCGCCCACCUACAUCCUGGCCUGGGGGGCCUGGCGGCUGCUCUCGGCCCUGCUGCCCGCCCGCUUCUACCCCCGGGUGGACGACCGGCUCUACACCCUCUACCAGAGCAUGGUGCUCUUCUUCUUCGAGAACUACACCGGGGUGCAGAUAAUUCUGUAUGGUGAUUUGCCAAAAAAUAAAGAGAAUGUGGUAUGUAUAUCAAAUCAUCAAAGUACAGUUGAUUGGAUUGUAGCAGAUAUGUUGGCCAUCAGGCAAAAUGCUCUUGGACAUAUUCGAUAUGUUUUGAAAGAUGGAUUAAAAUGGCUUCCUUUGUACGGAUGGUAUUUUUCUCAGCAUGGUGGAGUGUAUGUGAAACGGAAUGCCGUGUUUAAUGAAAAGGAGAUGAGGAACAAGUUGUAUGGCCAGAUGGAAACAAAUACUCCAAUGUACCUUGUGAUUUAUCCAGAAGGAACACGUUACGAUCCAGGGCAGCAAAAAGUCAUUGCAAAUAGUCAGUCAUAUGCUGCUAAGGAAGGUCUUGCAGUACUGAAGCAUGUCAUAACUCCACGGGUGAAGGCCACUCACAUUGCUAUUGAUACAAUGAGGAGCUACUUAGAUGCCGUUUAUGAUAUCACAGUAGCCUUCGAAGAUAUUAUAGACCCUAAAGGACAAAGGAAAGUGGCACCAACCAUGAUCGAGUUUCUUUGUAAGGAGUGUCCAAGAAUUCAUAUCUAUAUUGAACGAAUUGAACUAAAGGACAUUCCAGAAGAUCAAACGUUAAUGAGACGAUGGCUUCAUGAUCGUUUUGCAUUGAAGGACAAAUUGCUAAUAGAAUUUUAUGAUGCAAAAGAUUCUAAAAGAAGAAAUAGGUUUCCUGGGAAAAGCGUCCACUCCAAAUUAAGUCUCCAGAAAACGUUGCCAUCCUUAUUAUUUUUAAGCGGCUUGACUGCCAGCCUGCUAUUGACAGAGUGUGGAAGGAACCUUUACAUAAAAACAUGGAUAUAUGGGACCUUAUUAGGUUAUCUCUGGGUCAGCAUUAAAGCAUAAAAACUGCACUUCCUUCAGUGGCUUUUCUCUCUCUUGCUUUGCACAUCGCAUCAAAUUCUUUCCUAAAUUUAUAUUACUAUUUUAAAUAAAGUCCUAUCAAUUGACUAUUGUAUCAACACACUCUGUUAAUCUAAUUUUGUUGUGGUGGUUAUGACAAAAAGGUAAAUUAUGUUUCUGAUUUUGGAGAAGAACAGAGGAGAUAACAAAGGCUUAGCAUAUUUUUCUUCCGUAAAUAUGUCUCUACCAACAAACAACAUACACUCUAUGUGUUUAUACUGGUUCAAAUUGAGCAGUGAAUGUUUUUCUAGCAUUAUUUUAGAUGAAUGUCUUUAUUUCUGAAAAGGUUUUCUGAUUUUUUAGUUUAUUAAAAAAGCUCUUAUAACUAAAAACCAAACUGGUUUCUACUGAUGCCUGCUUCUCUAUUUGAAUCUAAAUAUGUUUUGUCGGUUUUGAAAAGAAGUUGCUCAAGCACAGG